AUGCUCCUCCUCAAUGGCUCAGUCUUUAUGCCCUCUGUACUAACACUCAUUGGGAUUCCUGGACUACAGCCAGUGCAGUGUUGGAUUGGGAUUCCAUUCUGUGUCAUGUAUGUCAUCGCUGUGAUCGGGAAUUCCCUAAUCUUGGGUAUCAUCAGAUAUGAACGCAGCCUCCAUAAGCCCAUGUACAUAUUUUUGGCCAUGCUGGGGGCCACAGACAUUGCACUUAGCACCUGUAUUCUUCCCAAAAUGUUAGGCGUCUUCUGGUUUCAUUUGCCAGAGAUUUCCUUUGCAGCCUGCCUGCUACAAAUGUGGCUUAUCCAUUCGUUCCAGGCAAUCGAAUCAGGCAUCCUACUGGCAAUGGCCCUAGAUCGCUAUGUGGCCAUCUGUGACCCCUUGAGACACACCACCAUCUUCUCCCAGCAACUCUUGACUCACAUUGGAGUUGGGGUGACACUCCGGGCUGCCAUUCUUAUAGGACCAUCCAUUAUGCUCAUCAAAUGUCGUCUGAAACUCUACCGAACUACGGUCAUCUCUCACUCUUACUGUGAGCACAUGGCCAUUGUGAAGCUAGCUAUUGAAGACGUCCGGAUCAACAAGAUAUAUGGUCUAUUUGUUGCCUUCAGUAUCUUAGGUUUUGACAUAAUCUUCAUCACCUUGUCUUACGUUCAAAUCUUUCUCACUGUGUUUCAAUUGCCCCAGAAGGAGGCACGAUUCAAGGCCUUUAAUACGUGCAUUGCCCACAUCUGUGUCUUCCUCCAGUUCUACCUCCUUGCUUUCUUCUCUUUCUUCACACAUCGGUUUGGUUCUCACAUACCACCAUAUGUUCAUAUCCUCCUAUCAAACCUUUACCUGUUAGUCCCACCUUUUCUCAACCCCAUUGUCUAUGGUGUGAAAACCAAACAAAUUCGUGACCAUGUCCUGAAAAUGUUUUUCUCCAAAAAACAUCUGGAUCAUUAG